GCCGGGGAGAACGCAUUUAUUCCCUGACAAGCCCCCAUCACAUGGAUGGUUGUCUAUUAACUUGUUCAAAAAAGUAUCAGGAGUUGUCAAGGCAGAGAGAGAGAGUGUGUGUGUUUGCAAAAGGGGGUAAAGUAGUUUGCUGGCUCUUUAAGACUGAGGUGGAGAGAGAGAGAGAGAGAGCGGCAAGCAGAGAAAAGGGGAAAAGGAGGAAGAAGAAGUUUUUUAAAAUCCGGGCUCCGGCGGUAAUAAUAGCAGUUAUUAGCAUUAUUAAUCCAUCAGCGAAGAGGAAGAUCCUGAUCUCGAUCCAAGUGUGGUUUUGGGGAGUCCCCCUCCCCCCUUUCCUACCCCUCCCUAGGAAGAGAAAAAAAAAAAAAAGAAGUCCGGCUUGGGACUUCGCUGCGGCUGCUCCUCGCUUUCUCUGCUCGAGGCUGGUUCCAGGCAAAAGUAGUUUGAAUGUACAACAUGAUGGAAACCGAGCUGAAACCUCCCGCCCCCCAGCAAACUUCGGGGGGAGGCACAGGCAACUCCAACUCGGCCGCCAACAACCAGAAGAACAGCCCGGACCGGGUCAAGCGCCCGAUGAACGCGUUCAUGGUGUGGUCCCGCGGGCAGCGCCGGAAAAUGGCCCAGGAGAACCCGAAGAUGCACAACUCCGAGAUCAGCAAGCGGCUCGGGGCGGAGUGGAAACUUUUAUCCGAGGCGGAAAAGAGACCCUUCAUUGACGAAGCCAAGCGGCUCAGAGCUCUACACAUGAAGGAGCACCCGGAUUAUAAAUACCGACCCCGGAGGAAAACCAAGACCCUCAUGAAGAAGGAUAAGUACACGUUGCCAGGGGGCUUACUGGCACCGGGCACCAAUACCAUGGCGACUGGGGUAGGGGUUGGGGCCACCUUGGGAGCUGGGGUGAACCAGAGGAUGGACAGUUACGCGCACAUGAACGGCUGGACCAACGGAGGCUAUGGGAUGAUGCAAGAGCAGCUCGGCUACCCGCAGCACCCGGGCUUGAACGCACACAACGCGGCGCAGAUGCAGCCCAUGCACCGCUACGACGUGAGCGCCCUGCAGUACAACUCCAUGACCAGCUCGCAGACUUACAUGAACGGAUCGCCUACCUACAGCAUGUCUUACUCCCAGCAAGGGGCCCCGGGCAUGGCCCUGGGCUCCAUGGGCUCGGUGGUCAAGACGGAAUCCAGCUCCAGUCCCCCCGUAGUCACUUCUUCGUCUCAUUCAAGGGCUCCUUGCCAAGCUGGGGACCUUCGGGACAUGAUCAGCAUGUAUCUACCAGGUGCUGAAGUACCAGAACCAGCUGCCCCAAGCAGACUUCAUAUGUCCCAACACUACCAGAGUGCACCUGUUCCUGGCACAGCCAUUAAUGGCACACUCCCUCUAUCACAUAUGUAAGACAAAGGGGCCGGGGAGGGGUGGGGGGGGA